UUGCCCAACUGGCCGCGUUGCUGAACCCCCCAAAUACUCUCGCAUCAAGAAUUGGGAGUCUGGAGGCAUCCUGUAUGAUAUCCUCAAUGCCCAAACCUUGCAGGACAUGCCAUGUACCGACAAGCGCUGCCUGGGCUCAGUCAUGUACCCCAAGCAGCUGAUCGCUCCUCCUCAGCCGGCACGGAGCAAGGAAGAGCUCCUUCCCUUGGCCCAGGAGUUCAUCAACUUGUACUACAGCUCCAUGAAACGUGCCGAGUCCCAGGCUCACAUCCAGCGCCUCCAGGAAGUGGAGCAGCAGAUUGCAGAGACGGGCACCUACCAGCUGUCAGAAGCCGAGCUGGUCUUUGGAGCCAAGCAGGCAUGGCGCAAUGCAUCCCGCUGCAUGGGCCGGAUCCAGUGGAACAAGCUGCAGCUGUUUGAUGCCCGAGACUGCACCAGCACCCAGGAGAUGUUCACCUCAGUGUGCACCCACAUCACUUAUGCAACCAACCGUGGGAACCUCCGAUCAGCCAUCACCGUCUUCCCGCAGCGGACUCCGGGCCGUGGAGACUUCCGCCUCUGGAACCAGCAGCUGGUCCGCUAUGCUGGUUACAAGCAGCCUGACGGUAGCAUCCUGGGAGACCCAGCCACUGUGGAGCUGACAGAGGUCUGUAUUCAGUAUGGAUGGCACCCUCCUUACGGACGCUUCGAUGUUCUCCCCCUGCUGCUGCAAGUCCCUGAUGAGGACCCAGAAAUCUUUUCUCUGCCCUCUGAAUUGAUCCUGGAGGUGCCCAUUAGACACCCCACGAUGAAAUGCUUUGAGGAGAUGAACCUCCGUUGGUAUGCACUGCCUGCUGUUGCUAACAUGCUGCUGGAGAUUGGGGGGCUGGAGUUCCCAGCGGCCCCCUUCAGUGGCUGGUAUGUAGGCUGUGAGAUCGCCAUGAGGGACUUCUGUGAUGCCCAACGCUACAACGUGUUGCAGGAUCUGGCUGAGCGCAUGGGGCUGGACACACGGACAACUUUUUCCCUCUGGAAGGACAAAGCAGCAGUGGAAUUGAAUGUGGCAGUCUUGCACAGUUUCCAGGCGGCCCAGGUGACCAUUGUGGACCACCAUGCAGUUGGAGAAUCCUUCAUGAAACACCUGGAUAAUGAGCAGCGGAUGCGAGGAGGCUGCCCCUCGGACUGGGUGUGGCUUGUGCCCCCCAUCUCUGGGAGCCUGUCCCCCAUCUUCCACCAGGAGUUGGUGAACUACCAGCUCACCCCCUGCUUCCGGUACCAGACAGAUCCUUGGAAAACCUACAUCCCCAAAGGCAGCACCGUCACUCGCAAGAAGACUUUCCGGGAGGUUGCUAACGCAGUCAGGAUUUCGGCUAAGCUGAUGGGCCAUGUAAUGGCACGGCGUGUCAAGGCCACAAUACUGUAUGCCUCUGAGACUGGGAAGUCCCGGUCCUAUGCCUUGAACCUGCAGCAGCUCUUUAAGUCCACCUUUGCUCCCCAGGUGCUGUGCAUGAAUGAAUAUGAUGUGAUUAACCUCGAGCAUGAGACCCUGGUCCUGGUGGUGACGAGCACCUUUGGCAAUGGAGACCCCCCUGAGAAUGGAGAGGGUUUUUCCAAAUCCUUGAUGGAAAUGUCUUGUCCUUAUCUUGGGACCACUGAGCCAGAGCUACAGAAGAGCUACAAGAUGCGUUUCAACAGCAUCUGUCAAUCUGACCCUGCAUUGGCUGCCUGGAGGAAGAAGCGUCGCAAGUCCAGCAACACUGACAGUGCGGGAGCUCUGGGAACCCUUCGGUUUGCUGUCUUUGGACUGGGCUCCAGGGCUUACCCACACUUCUGUGCCUUUGCCCACGCUGUGGACACCCGCCUGGAGGAGCUGGGAGGCGAGCGGAUCUUACCCAUGGGCGAGGGGGACGAGCUCUGUGGUCAGGAGGAGUCGUUCCGUACCUGGGCAAAGAGCGUCUUCAAGGCUGCCUGUGACACCUUCUGUGUGGAGUCACAGGCCGAGCACACUGCCACAGAGGCCUUCAGCAGCCGUUCUACCUGGAAGCGCAAUCGGUACCGCCUCUCUAACCACCCCAGCUCCCUGGAUCUGCUGGCAGGUUUGACUCACGUGCAUAAACGCAAGGUGGCUCCCUGCCAUGUCCUCUCUGUCAAGAAGCUGCAGAGCCCAGAAUCCACCCGGUCCACCAUCCUUGUGCAGCUACAGACAGGCGACAACCCACAGCUGAGCUACCUUCCAGGCGACCAUGUGGGCAUCUUCCCCGCCAACAGCACGGAGCUGGUUGAUGACCUCCUGCAGCGCGUGGAGGAUCCUCCUCCUCCCAAUGAGACGGUUGCUGUGGAGACCUUGGAGGCAGGAUUAGAGGGCAUAAAGCGCUUGUGGGUGCCCAGCAGCCGCUUGGCCCCUUGCACGCUGCGCCAGGCCCUCACCUACUUCUUGGACAUCACAACGCCACCCAGCCCCCAGCUGCUCCAAAUUCUGGCCAACCAGGCAUCAAGUCCAGAGGAGAAGGAGAAACUCCAGCGUCUCAGCAAGGAUUCAUUUCUCUAUGAGGAGUGGAAGUGGUUUCGCUGCCCAACGAUGGUGGAGGUAAUGGAGGAAUUUCCCUCUAUACUGUUGCCAACUUCGUUGCUCCUCACCCAGCUGCCUUUGCUCCAGCCGCGCUACUACUCCAUCAGCUCAUCACCAGAGGCCCACCCGGGGCAGAUGCACCUCACCGUGGCCGUGCUCAACUACCACAGCCAGAAUGGAAAGGGUCCCCUGCACUACGGCGUCUGUUCAACAUGGCUUAAUGAACUGUCACCUGGCGAGGUGGUGCCAGCUUUUGUCCGUGGGGCCCCAGGUUUUCAUCUGCCUGAGGACCCCUUGGAGCCCUGUAUCCUGGUGGGGCCUGGCACGGGCAUUGCCCCUUUCCGGAGCUUCUGGCAACAGCGGGUGCAUGACAUAGAGACCAAGCGCCUUGCCUCAAGCGAGAUGACCCUGGUCUUUGGCUGCCGCAGCUCCCACCACGACCACAUCUACAGGGAGGAGAUCCACCAGGCUCAGCGGAAAGGGGCCCUGCAACGGGUCCUCACAGGCUUCUCCCGUGAUCGGAAUUACCCCAAGACCUAUGUUCAGGAUCUGCUGAGGAUGCAGCUCUCCAGCUACGUCUUCCAGACCCUGUGCCAGCGGAAUGGCCACCUGUAUGUCUGUGGCGACGUCACCAUGGCAAGCGAGGUGAUGCAGACUGUCCAGCAGAUUCUGGCCAAAGAAGGGGACAUGACGCUGGUGCAGGCCGGGGACUUGAUCAGCGAGUUCCGGGACCAGAACCACUACCACGAGGACAUCUUUGGCCUGACGUUCCGCACGCAGGAGGUGGCAUCACGCAUCCGGACCCAGUCCUUCAGCGUCCAGAGGAAGAGUCUGCUGGUGGUGCCUUGAGCCCCAGCCUGGUUCCUGCUGCCCUCCCUCUUCCUUGGCAAGUAGGGCAUUCAAGGAUUCUGGUUUUGUGUUUGUGUUGAGAUCCUGAACGCUAUUCUCAGAUGCCUCACCCAUUCUGAACUGAGAGGGAGAAGAGAUCUGCCCCCAACUCCAGGGCCAGGAGGGAAGUGUGGGGAGGUGACAGAUGGGGCCAGCUUUAGGUAGGCAGCUUGAAUUUGGGUUUUUUAAGAAUAUCGCAAACAGGGGCCUGAUGCAAAAGACAGACACAAGUAGAAGCAAAGGGUUCCUGGCCCAGGCAUUUGUUUCGUUUUACACCAAAACCUCCACCUGGUUACCCCCCAAAUUUCUUCAUUUCAGUAAAAUAACGUUAU